GGCCGCUGCGGUUUGAAUUCCAACGGCGCCUCCAGAAUCCGAACAAGAGCUGGAUCGGAGUGGGCGGGCACCUGGGGAGUCGGGCGGGUCACCCGCGCGACAAGGAGGGGGGGACCAGUGGCGCCGCCGCCACAGACACCAACGCCACCACCGCCUCUGUGUCCAUGAUGGACUCAGCGUUGGAGGAGGACGUCACCCUCCCCGGGACUCUCAGCAGUUGCAGUGGCCUUGUUCCUAGUUUACCAGAUGAUCUGGAUGGCAUCACCCCCAGUGCUGGUUUGGGAAAUGGUGUGCUCCCAAAUGUAUCAGAAGAAACAGUAUCUCCCACGAGAGCACGGAACAUGAAGGACUUUGAAAAUCAAAUCACUGAACUGAAGAAAGAAAACUUUAACCUAAAGCUCCGCAUCUAUUUCCUUGAGGAGAGGAUGCAACAGGAAUUUGAUGGCCCCACUGAACAUGUCUACAAAACUAACAUUGAGCUCAAGGUGGAAGUAGAAAGUCUGAAGCGGGAGCUCCAGGAGAGAGAGCAGUUGCUCAUCAAAGCCUCCAAAGCAGUUGAGAGCUUAGCGGAAGGGGGCAGCUCUGAGAUUCAGCGAGUGAAGGACGACGCCCGGAGGAAGGUGCAGCAGGUGGAGGAGAGCCUGACCAGGAGGGUGCGCCUCCUCGAAGAGGAUGUGAAAGCCGCCCAAGCAGAACUGGAAAAGGCCUUUACAGGAACGGAGAAGGAGAAGGCUCUUCGACUGAGCUUGGAGAACAAGCUUUCAGAGAUGAAGAAGACGCACGAGGGGGACUUGAAGAUGGCUCUGGGCCUGGAGGAAAAAGACAGGCUGAUUGAGGAGUUGAAGCUGUCUUUGAAGAGCAAAGAAGCUUUAAUUCAGUGCCUUAAAGAGGAGAAAUCUCAGAUGGCAUCUGCUGAUGAAAAUGUGGUGUCUGGAGAGCUCCGAGGACUUUCUGUUGCUCUGAGGGAAGAAAAGGAGAGAGAAACUGAGGCUAUACAAAUGGAGCUUCAGAAGGAGAGAAAUUGCUUUGAAGAGAAGAUCCAGGCACUUCAGGAGGCCCUGAGAGAGAAGGAAAGAGAAAUUGCUAUAGAAAAGAAAAAUAGUUUAAAGCGAGAUAAAGCCAUUCAGGGUCUAACCAUGGCAUUGAAAUCAAAGGAAAAAGAGGUUGACGAACUUAACGCUGAAAUUGAAGAGCUCAGUGCUGCCUUUGCUAAAGUCAGAGAGGCCUCCCAGACAGCACAGACCCAGAAAUUCCAAGGGUCUGAAGAGUAUGAGGCUGCUCUGUUAGAAAAAGAAGCCCUUUUGGCUGAACUGCGCUCAGAAAACCUCACCAAGAAUACAGAGAACCACAGACUGUGUAGGAACAUUAAGAAGGUCACCCAGUUGCUGAGCGACUUGCAGCAGGAGAGGGAGAGACUAGAAAAGGACCUGGAAGAAGGCCGUCGAGAGAAGGCCAAAGAUGACUGUACUAUCCUUGACCUUGGAAAUCAAGUUGAGAAACUACGCGGCGAAGUGAACAAAAGAGAGAAAGCAGUGGAGAAGCGUUACCAGAGUCUUUUGAGUGAAAGUAAUAAAAAAUUACAUAGUCAAGAGCAGGAGAUCAAACGUCUAACAGAAACUGUCAACCAGAAGGACUUGUUAUUAAUGAAAUUCAAUGAAAAAGAUUUGGAAGCAAUUCAGCCAAACUGUCAUUUAAUGACAGCUGAGGAUUUCAAGUUCAGGAGCGAAGGCUUAAUAACAGAAAAGUGCUCUUCUCAACAGUCACCAGGCAGCAAAAUCAUCUUCUUCGAGGAACAGCAACAAUCAGACUAUGAAGAGCUGAUUCAGGUCUUAAAGAAAGAGCAGGACAUCUAUUCCCGUCUGGUAAAGUCUCUGCAGGACUCAAACAGUAUCCCCGACCUGCAGGCUGAGUUGAACAGCAUUUUCGCCCUGCGGAAGCAGCUCGAGCAGGAUGUGCUCUCCUACCGGAAUCUGCAGAAGACCUUGGCGGAGCAGAUCCGUGAAAUUCGGAGGCGCCAGGAAACAUUUUCAUUUUAUAGUGAUCAAACAUCUUAUUUGAGUAUCUGCCUUGAAGACCACAAUCGGCUGCAAGUGGAGCAUUUUUCUCAAGAAGAACUUAAGAAAAAGGUCAGUGACCUUAUACAGCUAAUGAAGGAACUGUAUACUGACAACCAGCACCUGAAGAAAACCAUUUUUGAUCUCUCCUGUAUGGGCCUCCAAGGAAGUGACAGACUUGAGACAGUAGAACAAAUGGAGGAUGCUAAGAAAUCUCGCCUGCCGAUCCUGAUAAAACCAUCCCGGUCAUUAGGAAAUAUGGGUCAGCUCUCUGCCACCCAGGAGGUGGUGGCCCAGCUGCAGGGCCAGGUCAUGGAGCUGCAGGGGGAACUGAAGGAGUUUAAAACUCGCAACAAACAACUUCACCAAAAGUUGAUUCUGGCGGAAGCAAUGAUGGAGGGGAGGCCAACGCCGGACAAAAUGCUGCUGACUGCCCAGCCAUUUGUGGAAGUAUCCUACCAGGGUUGCCCAGGAGAGCAAAAUGGAAUUAAGACCACAUCCCAGGUCUGGAGAGACAAAGAAAUGGACAGUGAUCAGCAAACAAGCUACGAGACUGACUCUGAGAUUUACCAGUCUGAUGACCUCGCCAUCUUGCCAGCGUGCCAAGAGAAUCCUUCCGAAGAUUUUCUGGGCACAACUUCAGUAGCUACUCACGUGAGUUCUAAGAGUCCGCUUUCUGUUCAUGUCAGCGUGAUUGAGACGGAUCAGUCUGAGAACGUCGAUACAUCAAAUGAUACAGAAUACCUGAGACAGAAAAUCCGUGACUUAGAGAGUGAGCUGAAGGGCUACCAGAACUUCGUAUUUGAGCUUCAGUCAGGGAAGCAGUCCCAGUGCAGUGAGGCCGUCAUCACCGUUUUGUGCAGGACAGAAGGGGCCCGGGAAGGCUUGAGCAAGCAAAAGAGCAAUACUGAUGACGAGGAAAUGAGCUUCUCAAGUUUGCACCAAGUACGUUAUGUGAAACACAUGAAAAUUCUUCAUCCACUGGCCCCAGAAAUGAUUGACGGUGGGGUGUUGGAGAGCCUCAGACAGCAGCUGGUGGAACAGGAAUAUGAACUGCAGAAGGAGCAGAAUUUGAACAUGGAGCUAUUCAGUGAAGUCUGUAGCCUGCAGAAUAAGAAUAAGAUCAGAGAUCUCUCACCUUCCAGCUACAAUUCAUUAGUUCAGUCCCAAGCCAGGGAGCUCACCCUUCAACGACAGCAGAUUAAGGACAGCCACGGCAUCUGUGUCAUUUAUCGUCAACAUAUGAACACCUUGAUGAAGGCAUUCAGGGAGUUGCUCCAGGCCAGCGAUGUGGACUGCUGUCUGGCGGAGGGUUUCCAGGAGCAGCUGAAUCAAUGCGCUGAACUGGUGGAGAAAUUGGAAAAGUUGUUUCUCAACGGAAAAUCGGCUGAAGUGGGAGUGAGCACGCAGAGUGAACUGAUGGACAGGGUUGAGGAAGACAACGUAACCUACCAGCGUAUUCUACCCGAAUCUCCUGAGCCUUCAGCCUAUCACGCAUUGUCUGAUUGUGAAAUGUCUGAAAAGUCCUCCUUCUUUUCACGAGACCAGAAGCAAGAUAGCGAGAUUGAGAAGAUUUCGGUCACAGCUAACAAGUUUUCUCAAGACUUGCUAAUGGAACACAUACAAGAAAUUCGAACUUUGAGAAAACGUUUAGAAGAAUCUAUUAAAACAAAUGAGAAGCUGCGGAAGCAACUGGAACGGCAAGGGUCCGAUUUUGUUAUGGGUCCUGCAAACAUUUUUGCUUAUGGUUCAGAGCUGCACAAUUCUCUGACAUCAGAAAUUAAUUUCCUGAGAAAGCAGAAUGAGGCCCUCAACGUGAUGCUCGCUAAAGGGUCCAAAGAUAAACAGAAGGAGAAUGAAAAAUUACAAGAGUCCAUUUCCAGAAAGACGGCAGCCCUCGAACACCUUCAGCGGGAAUAUGCCUGUGUGAAGGGAGACAAUGAGAAGCUACAGAAGGCAAUCAGUGAGAAGGAGAGAUGCAACCAGCAGCUGGUCCAGGAGGUCCGCAGUGGCCGCAGUGAGCUGAGCAGGGCACAAAAGGAGGUGGAGUUGAAGCAGCAGCUGCUCUCACAGAACGACAAGCUACUCCAGUCCCUUCGAGUGGAGCUGAAGGUGUACGAGAAGCUGGAUGAGGAACACAGGCGACCAAGAGAGGCAUCAGGAGAAGGCUGGAAGGGGCAAGACCCACUCAGUGACCUGCACAGCCUCCUGAGAGAGAUCCAGGCUCUGCGGGCGCAGCUGGAGAGGAGCAUCGAAACCAGCAGCACCCUGCAGAGCAGGCUCGAGGAGCAGCUGGCGAAGGCUUCAGAGACUCUUCUGCUCUGUGGAAAUGACAUGAACUCUUUCUCCUGCGAUAGUGACAGCUCAGCCACCAGUAGCCCGUGUGUGCUCCAGCUGGUCCCUGGCCACCAGCUGUGGGCCAGCAAGAAUGGACACCAUGUCUUGGGCCUGAUUGAGGACUACAAUGCCCUGCUCAAGCAUAUUGGCCAGGGCCAGAGGCUCCUUGCUGAAAUGGACAUUCAAAUCCAGGAAGCUCCUAGCUCCACAAUUCAAGAGCUGGGAACAAAGGGUCCACACACAGUGCAUCUGAGCAGGUUUGUCACCAGUGUGAACACAGCCAAGCUGAUCUUGGAAGAAGCCUUGAGGUUAUUGAAGCUUCUUUGGAGAGUCUCGGUCCCCACAGAUGGCCAGUGCACCCAUCACUGUGAGCAGGUUGGAGACAUGAAGGCAGAGAUCACCAAAUUACAAAAAAAAUUGUUUGAACAAGACAAGACGUUGCAAAACACCACCAAGCUCUUACAGCUGAGCAAGCACCAGGAGAAAGUGAUCUUUGACCAGUUGGUUGUAACCCACAAAAUCCUUCGGAAAGCCAGAGGAAACCUGGAGCUCCGGCCUGGGGGUGCCCAUCCAGGAACGUCCAGUCCUAGCAGACCAGGCUCCUGA